UCUGGCUCCAAGGCUCUGUCAUUCAGUACUCCACUCACCACAUAUGGGAAUGAGCAGCAUGAAGGUGCAUCAGUUCGCACGUGGACUCUGGGAACACGAACCCUCCCUCACGCUUGGCUGCACCAAACGCUUACGCCCUCUUGCUCCCAGACUGGCCAACACGGCCGCCGCCUCCGACACUACUACCACCCUCGCUCCUUUCGAUCUCAAGAGUUUCAUCAGACCUGACAGUGGCCCCAGAAAACUUGGAUCUUCUAACCAGCUUCAGGAGAAGAAAGAUUCCCCUCACCCUCAGGUAGAGACGCACCCAGGAGGGACACGCUGGAACCCUACGCAAGAACAGAUAGGGAUACUAGAAAUGUUGUAUAGAGAAGGAAUGCGCACUCCUAAUGCACAACAAAUAGAGAAAAUCACGGCUCAACUUGGCAAGUACGGCAAGAUCGAAGGCAAGAAUGUGUUUUACUGGUUCCAGAAUCACAAGGCACGCGAGAGGCAGAAGCAAAAACGCAGCAGCCUUGGCCUCAGCCACUCUCCAAGAACACCGACUCCUGUAAUUACCACCCUGGGAGAAGUAGUGGUGGAAAGAGAGGAAGAUAAUCCGUACAAGAGAAAGUGUAGGAGCUGGGAAUUUGAUUGCUUGGUAGAAGGUGAUCAUAGUAGUAGUACAAGUAGUGUAGUAUGUAAGCUCGACAACGACGACGCCGUUGAGGGAGGUAGAACUCUGGAGCUCUUUCCAUUACAUCCAGAAGGAAGAAGAUGAUGAGAUCUGCUUAAUUUGACACUGGCAUUUGCUUUCCUUCUUUUCUUAUUUCGGGAAAGAAGAAAGGCAAGCAAUUGUCUCUUAAUUUGUACUGAAUGCCAUGCUUCAACUUCUACCUUUUGAACCAAAAGCACUUUUAUUCCAAGCUAUCUCUAUCUGUGAUGGUGGUGCUGGAUGUCACUAUUUUGACUAGAGCAACCUAAAACGUUGAAUCGAAGCUUUUUUAGGUUAAAAGCGGGAAUCCUGCUUAAGAUUGGACACUGAAGUCCACGUACCUACUUCUCCUUCUUCCCUAGUAGUAAGUCGUAACGUCUCCUUUCAUCUGGAUCUUUGCAAUUCAAAUUGGGAAAGAGAAAUGCCUUCUAGCGCCAAUGUCAAAAAAGUAUAUUAAUGCGAUCCACCACUUAUAUGACUUUCA